AUGCCUCCCGCGACAACUGCAGCAGAGGCACGUCUUGCCCAAAACAAUCUCCAAGUGCUGGCAGCUUCUGGCAGAAUAUGCACGGCAUUGGGCAUUAAGAUAUGUCGCGGAAUAGAAAUCGUUCACAUCGCCAAAGCCGCUGGCUACGACUCCCUGUUCAUCGACCUGGAGCAUACCUGCAUGACCGUCAGUGAUGCAUCUCAGCUUUGCAUCACGGCGAUUUCAGCUGGAAUCACUCCCUUUGUCCGAGUCCCACAUCAAUGUGGAAGCGGAUUGAUCCAACGCGUCCUUGACGUCGGUGCAAUGGGCGUGGUUGCGCCGCAUAUCAACGGCAUUGAGGAUGCCAAAGAGGUGAUCUCGGUCUCAAAAUACCCUCCCUUCGGAACACGAUCACUGAGCGGCGGCUUUCCUCAUUUCGAGUACGCGUCUCCUAGUCCGGGCUUUCUCAUGGAACAGAUGAACAGGUCCGGGUCCCAAUGCUUCAUCAUGAUUGAGACUGUCAAGGCACUCGAGGCGGUCGAUGACAUUGCCGCGCUUCCCGGGUGUGACGUGCUGCUAGUUGGAUCACAGGACCUGGCGACAGCAAUUGGCACGCUACCGGACUGGGACGAUCCGCGCUUUUGGAACGCUUUGGAGGCUGUUGGGAAUGCGGCGAAGAAGCAUGGCAAGCUGAUGGGAAUUGCUGGACUAUACCAUCGGCCUGAUAUCCUUGAGAAGGUAAUCAAGGAGCUGGGAGCUAGGUGGAUUGUUGGCGGACACGAUGUGGGAUUGCUUUUGACUGGUGGUAGGGCAAAUAGUGACCUUCUCAAAAGGCUUCAAAGCCAGGUAGCUGGUAGAUAG